AUGUCUCGCCAGUUUCCUGAACUCCACGGAAUUGAUCGCGCGUCCCACAUGCUUGAACCAACCGAGGAAAAUAUAAUCUUCAAGCAGGGCAUGGGAGGUGAAGGGUUCAAACUCAGUGCCAAAGAAGUAGCGGAAGUUAUGGAUCAACUGAAGACAUCAAACACAGGCGACUCUAGUUCCAAAGGGGAGAGAGUCUCCCUCGGGAGUAGCCAGGCGGGCGAUGUAUUCCCUGCUACCAUUGGCGCUUCUAGCCCAGGGUCUUCGGAAACAGAAGAUACCAAGACGUCCGAGAGUGAAGACGGGUCGUCGGGGUUUGAAAUCCCAUCGCUCGAGGCUCUUUAUCCCGCAACUUCUAAAACGGAGUAUUCCAGCGCAUACGGGUGCGAGGGGAAGUCCGCGAGCGCGGAGAAGGAUGGAUCAGCGUCCUCUAUGCUAAACCGUGCCUGGACAGAGUCCCAAGAUUCACUCCUCGUGAGCUUGAAGCAGAGUGGCGAGACGUGGUCGCUGAUUGCAAGCGCCCUUGGAAGAAACAAGAAGAAGGUCCAGCAGCGUUAUAAAACGCUUGUACGUGAACAAAGCCUCCUUCAGAACUCGCCAUCGGAUGACGAUGACGAAUCCGAGUUCGAUCAACUGCUUCACAUUCAGCAGCAGAUCCGCAAGAACCUCCAUCCUGCUUACCUCGGCUUGGAUCCCGAAAGUCGCUUCAUGAAGCAGGAUUGCAAGGUGCUUGCUGAAGUUGAGGACAAGAUGCAGCGGGGCAAAUGGUUGGAAAUGCAAGCCAACUUUUCCAAUGCCACCGGGAAAAUGGUCCCCUUGAGUAUAAUCCGUGCCCGCUGCGAGGCUAUGAAUGCUGAAGAACGAACUCGAGCCCGAGACGACAAAAUAGCAGCUUGGAAGGCUGGCCUGAACGAUUCUGAGCACCUAGAUCCAAACGGGCCCUCCGACGUGGGUUCCAUGGGAUUCUAA